AUGGAUCCCCUCUCGGAUCUCCCUUCAUUCCCCGACCCGACUACCCUUCGACCAGAUAACCCCAAUAUCUUCACAGGCGAACAAGAAAAGAGGACCGUCUACCUCCCCCCAUCCAUCGCCCUAGACAAAGCCACCCUCCCCAGCAUCCUACACGACCAUCUCGUCCUAGCGCAAGCCGUAUGGCCCGACUAUACACCAGUGGAAAAUCUCCACCCAGCACCAAAUACCACAAUACGUAUUUCUCGCCAAGAUAUAACCACGCUGACCAGCCUUCAUGAUGGCGUAGCUAUUCUUCACGUGCUGGAAUAUGGUGAUUCUGUAGCUGCAAUUUCAAACCCCGUUUCGUCAAGACGGGGUGCUCUGAUAAUAUUUGAAUAG